AAUUGGGAAACUGAUUUUUCGCCUAUAAAACGGAUCAAAAGCAGAACAUCUUCAUCACCAUUUCUUCCACAACUCAAACAAAAUCCCGUUACUUUGAAAGUUUUCUUGAGAAUAUGGCUAUGAAACAAGUUGCUUGCUCUGCUAUCAAAGCUGUGGCCAAUUCUGGGUCAUCCUCUGUUCUUACCCGACAACUCCAUGUUUCUCCGGGGAGCAAAAAGAUUGUUGGGGUGUUUUACAAGGCCAAUGAGUACUUUACGAAGAAUCCCAACUUCGUUGGUUGUGUGGAGGGAGCCUUGGGCUUGCGCCAGUGGCUCGAGUCACAGGGGCACCAGUAUAUCGUUACCGACGACAAAGAUGGACCAGAUUGCGAACUCGAUAAGCAUAUCCCUGAUCUCCAUGUUCUCAUAUCCACCCCAUUCCACCCGGCUUACGUUACGGCAGAGAGGAUCAAGAAGGCCAAGAACUUGCAACUGCUGCUCACUGCAGGGAUUGGCUCCGAUCAUGUUGAUCUGAAAGCAGCAGCUGAAGCUGGUUUGACUGUUGCUGAGGUCACUGGAAGCAAUGUUGUCUCGGUUGCUGAGGACGAGCUAAUGAGAAUUCUUAUUCUCGUCCGAAAUUUCUUACCCGGCCACCAUCAAGUUAUUUCUGGGGAUUGGAAUGUUGCAGGCAUUGCUUACAGAGCUUAUGAUCUAGAAGGGAAGACAGUUGGAACUAUAGGUGCAGGUCGUAUUGGCAAGCUCUUACUCCAACGACUGAAACCAUUCAACUGUAAUCUACUAUACCAUGAUAGACUCAAGAUGGAUCCGGAAUUGGAGAAGCAAACCGGAGCUAAAUUCGAGGAGGAUCUUGACGCAAUGCUUCCAAAAUGUGACAUCAUUGUUGUAAACAUGCCUCUUACUGAGAAAACAAGAGGGAUGUUUGACAAACAUCGGAUCGCGAAGUUGAAGAAGGGAGUCUUGAUCGUUAACAAUGCUCGAGGAGCAAUUAUGGACACUCAGGCAGUUGCCGAUGCUUGUUCAAGUGGACACAUUGCAGGUUACAGCGGAGAUGUUUGGUUUCCACAACCAGCUCCAAAGGACCAUCCAUGGCGUUAUAUGCCAAAUCAAGCAAUGACUCCUCAUAUUUCUGGAACCACCAUUGAUGCUCAGUUGCGGUAUGCUGCCGGAGUCAAGGAUAUGCUUGAGAGGUACUUCAAAGGUGAAGAAUUUCCUGUACAACACUACAUUGUCAAGGAAGGUGAACUCGCUCCUCAGUACCGAUGAUUUCGUCUUCUUUGUCGAUGAAAGACUUCGAAGAAUGUGUUCUGUUGACAGCCAGCUUAAAUCCUUUUGAAAUAAUGUGUUACAUAAUCCAAAAGUUUGCUUUUCGGAUCAAAGUCCUCUGCAAAUAAUGUGCCAUCUGGUGCUUUGAACUUGAUGUUUUCAAUUCA